AUGGGAGGGAUGAGCUUCUGGAUCUUGUAUCAUGGGACUUAUCUCGGUGAGGAUGUUGCUGUUAAAGUUCUAAGAUCUGAGCAUUUGAAUAAGAAUGUUUGGAAUGAGUUCACACAGGAACAUACUAAUGUUGUGCGAUUCAUUGGUGCGUGCACAAAACCACCACAAUUUUGCAUAAUUGCUGAAUACAUGUCUGGAGGAAGCCUAUAUGACUUUUUGCACAAGCAGCAUAAUGUCUUGGACCUUCCAACUCUGCUGAAGUUUGCAGUUGAUCUAUGCAGAGGGAUGUGUUACUUGCAUCAGAUGGGUAUUAUCCAUAGAGAUUUAAAGAGUGCAAACCUUCUAAUGGACAAAGAUCAUGUUGUGAAAGUGGCAGAUUUUGGUGUAGCUCAUUUUCAGGAUCAAGGAGGUAACAUGACAGCUGAAACUGGAACAUACAGAUGGAUGGCACCAGAGGUCAUAAAUCAUCAACCCUACGAUAACAAAGCUGAUGUGUUCAGUUUUGCUAUUGUGCUUUGGGAGCUCAUAACGUCCAAGAUCCCUUAUAAUACCAUGACCCCUCUCCAAGCAGCUGUAUACAAGGGAUUGCGCCCAGGGCUCCCAGAAAAUGCACAUUCCCAGCUAUUACCUCCGUUUCAGGGAAAAGACCUAAGUAUUCCUGAGAGAAAAAAAGAGCAACCUUUGAGUGAAAAAUGACUAGAAAAUAGAAGAAAUAGGAGUAGUUCGUUACUUUGUCCAAAUAAGUGGUUCUAACAUUGUCUUCAUCAGGCCAAUGUUUAUAGGUUAAAAUUUCGAUGUGUACUAAAUUCGGCAAGCUCAUUUUAUAUUUAGAUUAUUUUGAUUUGGUUA